AUGUUGCGAGUAAUUGUGGGCUCUCGAUCAUUACUAUGGGUACAAGCAAGGGGAAUGGCCGUAAAGAAGAACGCCCCAGAACCGAAAUUCACGCAGAGUGCCGCAUUUCAAGGUCGUGGUUCCCGCGGAAUGCCAGUGUUCAAGCCAGAUUAUUACUCGUCUGAUUCAUACGGAAACAAAAAAGUGUUCUCGGCACUUGGAAGUAUUCUUGCCGUUGUCAUCUAUUUUGGAUGGCUGAGAGAACCAUCUGACUUGGAUGAAAUCUGGAGUGCCCCUCCACACAUUUUGACGUCGAAUUUAGAACGGAAAAUGCUGAGAGAGCAAAUCAAGCAAGCUCAGGAGAAAGGAAUGGAUACGGCACUUCUGAGGGCACAGCUGGAAUAUGUGGAUGUAAAAGAGGAAGCGUUGAGAAUUCAGUUCGAACAGAAGACGAGACAACAAGAACGGAGAAAUCAGCAGUCCUAG